GCAGUGCUCGCUAAUUACGCAUGCCCAUUAGUGGUAGAAGCCAUGUUGACCUUUGGUUGUUAGUGGUCUCUUGAGAAAGCAAACGGUUUGGCACGAGAAUUCGUUAUGAUUUGUGCCAAAUCUUUCUUAGUUUCACAAAAAUAACGACAAGCAAAUGUAAAGUUACCUAUAAAUGCACUCUCACACUUCACUGACACUUGAGAAAAGUGCAAGUAGAAAACUGGUUACAUUUGGUUUGGCGUCCCAUUUUGGUAUGCUACGGAACCGCUGUUGGUGUUUUACAUUGAAUGUUUCGUGACAAAUAGAUAUUCCUGAAAAGAUUCGGUUUAUGAGAAAUAAUAGCUAACAAUGGGAGCCUUUCUUGACAAACCAAAAACUGAGAAGCAUAAUGAGGGUGGAGUUGGAAAUGGGCUACGAUUCGGUCUCAGCAGUAUGCAGGGAUGGAGGGUGGAAAUGGAAGAUGCCCACACAGCAGUUAUUGGACUGCCAAAUGGAUUAAAAGAUUGGUCAUUUUUUGCUGUCUUUGAUGGCCAUGCUGGUGCUCGUGUUUCAGCACAUUGUGCCGAACAAUUACUUGAUCAUAUCAUAACUAAUGAAGAUUUUAGAGGUAAAAUUGAAAUGAAAGAAGGAACUGAAAUUCAGCCUUCUUUUGAGGAUGUAAUUAAAGGUGUGAAAACAGGUUUUCUGAAAUUAGAUGAAAAGAUGAGGUCAAUGCCAGAAAUGGCAAGUGGCGAGGAUAAGAGUGGUUCCACGGCAGUUUGUACAAUUGUAUCGCCAAAUCACAUUUUCUUUGGAAAUUGUGGGGACUCUAGGGCUGUACUAUCACGUGCAGGUAAAUGUGUAUUUUCAACACAGGAUCAUAAACCUGUGAAUCCCACUGAAAAAGAAAGAAUUCAAAAAGCAGGAGGGAGUGUAAUGAUUCAGAGAGUCAACGGUUCGCUUGCCGUAUCAAGAGCUCUCGGGGAUUUUGAAUAUAAAAAUGUACAAGGUAUGGGACCUUGCGAACAACUGGUCUCACCAGAACCAGAAAUAUUUAUGGAAGAUAGAAACCAACAAGAAGAUGAAUUCAUAGUGCUAGCCUGUGAUGGGAUAUGGGAUGUUAUGUCUAAUGAUGAACUCUGUGACUUUGUCAGAAGUAGAAUGCGACUGACCAGUAGUCUUGAGCUGAUUUGCAAUCAAGUAGUGGAUACUUGCUUAUAUAAGGGCAGCAGGGACAACAUGAGUAUUGUGAUAGUUGCUUUGACAGGAUCACCUAAAGUUUCUGAUGAAGCUAUGAAAAAGGAACAGGAAUUAGAUGAAAGAAUAGAGGCAAAAAUUAAAGAAAUUUUAGCUGAUGUUGAUGUGCGAGACGUUGAUUUACCAUAUGUAAUGCAUACAAUAAGUGAAGAUAUAGAUGGUCUUCCACCUGGAGGCGGAUUAAGUUCAAAAAAAAAUACAGUUGAAAGUAUACUUAAUCGACUGCGACCAAAGAAAACAGCAGAACAAGAAACUAGCACUGAUGAGCCCUUCUAUAAACAGUUAUUGAGAAAAUACUGAGUUUAUCCUUUGUUACUAGGAAGAAGACGGUUCAGCAACAGUAGAAGAUGAUUGGCGAUAGUUUUGUCUGGCAGAAUUUUAUAUAAACACAAAACUGUUAGAUUCCAAAUCAAUAAAGAGCAGAUUUAUGGCUCAAAAGAAGUGGCAGAAAAUGGCCACUGAGCACCUGUUCAGUUGUUUUGUUAAAUCUAUAAUUAUAUAUAUAUAUUCUAUGAUGUUAUAUUUGCUUUUUGAAAUGAAAUAUUCCUAUGAGUGGGACAGUACAGCCUCUGUUUACAGAAAACAGUUGUUAUCAAUCAAAGGGAUAAGAUUGGACGAUUUUUGUUGUUCCUUGUGAAUGGCAGUAUCAAAAUAUUUGUAGAAAAGUUUUCAUUGUAGAUCAGUCAGUUAGCUCUCGGAAGGUUAUUUCUUUCCCUCUAUAAUAAGUUUUCAUAAAAUUGCAUUUUGUAUUAGUACCCGUUAGGAAUACUGAAUAUGCCACACCAGAUUUUAAUUUUAUUCUCCAGGGUUGGCUAACAAAGUUGCUAAAAAUAUGAAAAAAACAUUUAUUCGCCAUUUGGAUUCUAACAAGAAAAAUAGGAUUUUUUUCAUGUAUAAUGAGAUUUUAGGGUUGGAGGCACAAAUUUCAGUUACCCACUUUUCUUCUUUUAGAAAAUCUCUCACUUAAAUUUCUUUGUAAAGAGAGGCUUUUAAAUUUAAAAAAAAUCUGAUGCAAAUGUCAAAAUCAACCUUCAGGAACUUUAAAAAAAAAUGUAAGCACUUUUAUCUGUUGAAUGUUUAAAGUCCUUCAUUCCUUGGGGUAGUGACUAAAGAACUAGAAAUCAAUUUGAUUUGGUGUUUUUCAAAUUCAGAUUACUUUAUUUAAACUUUUCCAGAAUAAAUUAACAUAAUUGACAAUUUUGUGACCUUACUACAUUUAUUUUAGUGCUAAGUUAGUUCUUAUAAAUACACAUUAAUAACCAGAAAUAAUACUGUGAUGAAAUGAUUGACCUCAGUUAUUGUGGAUUCAAUUAUUUUCGUGUGGAUCAAUUUUUGUGGAUUCACGAAAAAUUUUAUAUUUCGUGGAUAUUUUAUUUCGUGGUUUUGCCAAUUUCUGCAUACAAGACCAUGGAAAGUUCGUCAUUCUUUGACCAUUUGAAUUCGUGAUUCACCUGUUACCAUGAAAACUCGUGAAAAUUGGUACCCAACGAAUAAUAAUGAAUCCACAAUAAUAUGUUCACAUUGUUUGUGUGAACACGCUUGUUCUUUUAUUUGUUGUCUACAUUUUUAUGAUUUAUAAUAUUGUGUAGUGUUUGAUUGUUUGCAAUGCUUCCGUUUUUUUCUGCGAUGUUAUGAAUGAAACAAAAAUUUAUAACAUGAUAUAUAGUGCUCAUAUAAAUAUAAUGUUCUAACAGCAUUGAAUAAAAUUUAAACAUUUCGACACACAUUGCAUCUUCUGUUAAAUAUGAAAUAUAUUAGAUAUAUUUUGUAAAAUUAUUUGCUCAAUGUCAAAGAAAAAAUAAUUAUUUGUUUAAUUGAAUUGGGAAGUUUUUCUCAAAUACUAAUAAAAUAAUGACAUAAUAAUUACUUCAGAAACUGUUUAGUAACCUGUAAGUUUUGCGCUUUACUGUUUACCUUAAAAUCAAAAUUUAAAUAUAUAAAAAAGAAUUAAUAUCAUUAGAAUUCCAGGGUAAGAAAGUUUAAUUAGAAAAAAAGUUAAUAGGGCACAUCUGUUAAAUGUAUUAGAAAAAGAAAAUUAUUUUUCAAUUUAACAGAUAUAUUGGACCGAAUGAAACUACCAAAAUUUUCAUUUCUGCUAAUUAAUUGGGUCAGUUAAUUAUUUUUUACCUAUGGUCCAUAUAUUUAUAUAAACUUUGUAUUAAUUUUUGUUCCACGAUAUAUUGAAAAAGCAGCUUUGAAAGAUUUGAAAUCAUGCUUAUGCUCAGUGAAUAUAACUUAUUUAUUUGAUGUAGAUAUAGCAUUUAAUGCUUGGUCUGUUUUAUACUGAUUGUCAUCACAGUGCUAACAUUUGCCCUUUUUAAGGGUUGAAUAAUUGGAACGCUAAAUACAAAUUUAAUAUAGUUAACAGCUUAUGCUGUCUAUUGACAUGGAUGGACCUUUAGAUAAUUAUUGUCAGGAGAAUUGUAAUCUUCCAGUUUAUACCUAUAUUAUUAUUGAUUCUGAUAUUUACCCAGAAUAAAAUUGAAUGACACAUUGAGAAUUAACCGAUUAAGCAGACAAACAGAAAAGGCUUUUAUUUUGUAUUUUUAUUUUUUUUUGUAGUUUGAUUCUUUAAUUCGUAAACAAUUACUAUGUAGAUAUGUUACUUAGCUUUGUGGUAUAACCUAUUAUUGGCAGAUCAGAUGACAAGCAGAUAAUGUAUGAGUCUGCAUAAUGUAUGUAUGUUAUUAAUCAUUACCACCUCUCGUCUUUUUCAAAUAUUUGAUCAUAUUCUGCAUGAAUGGUAAACUUUUUCAUAUCAUAUACAGUAUUACAGUUUAUGUUAGACUGAUUUUAACUGAUAUGAUGGUAAAAGAAGCAAAAUAUUCUCAAAAUGGUUAUAGAAAUAUGACAAUGCUAAAUAUUGUAUUGUUUUCGUUUUAAUUCAUUAUUUAGAAAUGUUUAAAAAUUGUUACUUCAAUAUUAGAUACUAUUUGUUUUGUAUUUUACGAUUUUUGUUUCGUCCUUUUUCUAGUCUUGUAUCAUUUUCACGCUCAUUUACAACCGCAUAAACAGAUUUAAGUAAAGAGAUGAAUGUUUGAAAAGAAAUCCAACAUAAUGACAAUAAGCAGAAUGUUCAGUGCUAUUUUAAGAUAUUUAGAUUUCAUAGUUGAAAGUUUAUUCAGGUUAUUAAUGUCAUCACUGCAGAUAACUCUAAAAAUAAGUUUUUCAACAUUCACAGUUUGUAUCUUUUUAUAUUUUGAUGCAUUCCAAACAAGUGAUUAUUAUCUUACUUAGAAUUAAAACAGAUGGAAUCCUAACGCCAUUAUUAAAAUGUCAUCAAAAUGAAUUCUUUGCAUCAGGGGUACAAAAACUUUCUGCUUGAGCACGAUCAAAGUUGUUUCUAAACAACAAAAGCAUAAAGAUAUUGUUAAAAUUGAUGACUUUCAGAUCCAAAUAAUAUGGAAUUUGAUACUUUGCUUGAAGACAGAUUGGACACAAUUUGGUGCAACAUUUAAAAACAGAGGGAUGUUUGUUGUAAACGUGUCCUACAAGUAGAUUCAUGUCAUGAGAAUUUAUAACAAAAUUAGACAUAGAUUUAGGAGUUUGUAAACAAAAUUAUAUUGCAUACAUGUUAUAUAAAAUUAUGUUUCGGUAGCUGAUUAUAGUUUAGUUUUCUGUGUGUUCCUUUCUGCUGUGUUGAAUAUUGUCUGUUAAGUUCUAAUGAAGUACAAAUGUAGUUGAUAAUAUGUGUAAUUGUUGAUAGUGGUAUGAUUAAAAUUGUCACACUUGGCUUUAUAUAACAAGGGAGAAUGUAAUACCAUUUAAUAGGGCAAUAUUUAAAGUCUUGUUCUUUCUGUUGAAUCAUGCAUUGUGUUUUUUUUACAGUAGCCUCCUUUAUAAAAUUGACCGUACCACAAUAUGUAUUUUUUAAAAGACUUGUAGCCUCAAGAUAAAAGAAUUGCUAAUGUUGUCUAAUAUUAGCUUUUUUUCAAAUUGAAGAAAAAUCCCAUGGAAAUCAAGUUUUUUUAGGGGGUCAUACACCACUUAAAUAUAUGUUUGAUAUACAUUUGUUUGGUACAAGUAAAGAUGGUAUUAGGGAACUAGGUUUUUAAAGAUAACUCUUUUUUCAUACAAUAGAUUUUUUUUACUUUGGUAAAGAUUGGUAAGUGAACUCAUCCUAUCUAUAACUGUCUUUUAGUCUCAACUACUGAUUUUCUAUUAAACUGCAAAAUCAAACCAAUAGAAUUAACAGAAUAAAUAUUCACAUAUAAGACUGGGCUUUAAAAUAUUUUUUAAUUGUAAUUUUUGAGCAUAAAUGUUUGCAGAUUCAAAUUACUGUAAUUUUUGUCUUUUUCUGAGUAAAUUGAAUUAUUUAUGGAGUAUAACAUACUGUGGGUUCUUUAAAUAUCAUUACUAUCAAUUUUUUUGUGAUUUGUAAAUUUGCUGAUGUCAAUAUCUUAUAUAGUGGUUUUAUCAUUUAUGCUUCCCAAAUUGACUUAAAAGUAUGCUAUAAGUUGAGGCUUCAUUUGGGAAAUUCAUGUUCCUCAAAGCUAAAAAAUGUGGUAGCCCAAGGCACAGACUAGCUUUCCUCUCUGUUAUAUGAUAAAAUGUGUUUGAAGGUUACUAAUGGGUUUGCAGUUUAUGUUUUUUGUAUGGAUAAACGACUGUGGGGAAAAAACAAGCUAGUUUUCAUGUCAAUUCCGAAUUGUGUGCUCUCUCUCAUAAUUUACCCUUAAAAUACAUUGGUACCAAAAGGGAGAGGAAAAAUAGAAAAAUGUAUACAAUGUAUGGGUGUAAAGUGUAAAUUUUCAACAUUAAAGUCUUUGUCGACAGUACUAAUCCAGAUGUGUGUGAUGACAUUGAUAAAUUGAACUAUCUGCCUCAAAACAAUACCUGUUAUAUAAUUGUUGUUAUACAGCUAGCUAGGUAUUUACUGUUUGGACACGUCAAGUUAAUAUGUAGAUUUUCAUUCAGGGGAUUAUAAGUAUGAGAGACUUUUUUGACGUUUCAGGGAAAUAUAAAAAAAAUAAUAUCAUAGACAUUUGAAUUUGAGGAGUGAAAUUAAGUAAAACAUAUCAUAGUUAAAUUCAUGGUGAAAGUUAAAUGUUCCAAUAAAUUGGACAAAUGAUUUGAAUUUUUUUAAUUGUUAAAUCAAAGAAUGAAGAUUUGUUAAACAAAUGGCUGAAUAUCAGAAAGAUUGAAAAGUACUGAAAUGUAAUCUACAAAAUAAUUUGAAGUGACCAUAAUUGUUUAUUUAUAAUGUUUGCUAUGUCACUAUUCAUUUUUCCUCUCACAAAAUUAUCAUUUUACACCUUGUUGCAUAGCUUUUUAUAUUUGACAAAAUACAUUAUUUUGUAUUCAUUUGUACUUGUUAAUAUUGGCAAUGUCUGAAAAAUUAACUGUUUCAGUAUAUCAUUUUAUACUCUGAUAAACCAUUUUACUAUACAGACUCAAAAUUUGAGUUCAUAUUGGGGUCCUUGUCCAAUAAUGUUGGUCUCCUUCAAAAAGAAGGCAACGACUUUACAUGAAACAUAUUAAAACAUUUAAGCUACAUGAUAAAAACAAGAUAUGUACGUUGAUAGAGAAUAAAAAAAUAUUUAUACUAACUUUCAAACGUGGGGGAAAGCUUGGCGAGCUUGGUUUUCUGUUGGAAUCUAAAAAUGUAUACUUUUUUCUACAAUGUUCAUUUAUUUUAUUGGUUAUUGUUCGGAUAAUAUGUUUGAUAUACUGAACAUGGAAAUGUGGGAUGUUAAUUUUGAAAAUGGGAAAAUUUUACUUGAGAAUUUGUAACUAAAAACUAAUUCAUUUUUCCUAGGACAGAAUGUUUUUUUGCAAUUUAAUUUGAUGUCAAAAGGAAUACAAAUGGACAAUUUCAGACAACAAACAAUGAAUAAAAGUUUUGAUUAUUUAAGGUUCAUUUCUAUAGUAUAGUCCUUUAAUUUUGAAAACAACAUGCUGACAUAUUCCAGUAUGUUAAAUGUGAAAUUAAUGUUGCCAAGUUAUGUUAAAACUGUGAACAGUUUAUGAUACGUAAAUGAAGAAAAGAUGAAUUGCCCGUUUCCACUGUAUUUUUUUCACACAAUUUGGGAUUUGAAACUUAACUUUUUUUUUAAAUUCAUCUUUAGUAUAUCCUUCAAGUUGAAAUGUUAUUGUUAGAUAUGGACAUUUUUGAAAGGCACCUAAAAAAAUAGGCCUAAACUUUUUUUAAAUUAUAGAUAUUUACUUUCAUGUUCUGACAGAAUAUUGGUUAUGGUUCAGAUCUUGUUGUCCAUCAUUUUCUGAAUAGAUAGACAAAGUUUGCCAAAAUAUUAGUUUUGACUAACAAACCAUCAUUAGAUAUUUCCAUAUCAAAUGUCCAGAAAUGCGCCAUUAUGUUAUGACAGAACCUCGAAGUUCAAUGAAGCUGGGAUUUUGUAAAAAAUAUUAAAAAAUGUCUUAGUGUGAAAUAAAUACAAAGGAAAUUGACCCAAUCUCUUUCUUGAAAGAAAGUAUAUAUACUUACUUUAGUCUAGUUAAGAUACAUUCUAAUCUGAUUUGUUGUUAUAAAGUUUUGUGUUUUAGUCAUAUAUAUGAUGUACGUGUGUACGAGAACCUGGAUGGGUAUAUGAAAAUACAGAAGAUAUGAGUAGAGGCUUUUAGCAAAAGGAAUUAGUUUUCUACAUGAAAACUUUAUAUGUUCAACUUCCAGGUGUUUUAAUUUUAUCUGAUUUCAACUUAAUUGUUUUGAAUAUAUCUUUGGUAAAAAUCUGUUUAUAAUAGAAAGCCCAAAUACAGUAGCCCAUUAAACUAUUGAAUUCAAAUUAAACUGUAUAUUAAAAAAAUCCAUAUUUUAUAAAUGAAAACAUAUAAAUACAUGUUAUAAUAAGGUCUUUUAUCCUCAACAACUAGCUUGAACCCCAUUUUAAUUAGAUAUUUCAGGGGAAUAACAAAUUAGCAUUACUUACUGUAUAAUAUUGUCCUAACAGUGAUCAUGUCAUCCAGUGUUAUUAUGUAUUUAGAGUCACAUUGCCCCAGUAGGUGAUGGCACUAAAUCAUUGUUCUAUAUAAUUUGAAGAAUAAAAAUGAAUUUUGAACAA